AUGCAUAACAGAGACAUCAGCAGCAACGACAUGCAUAACAGAGACAGCAACAACAACGACAUGUAUAACAGAGACAGCAACAGAAACAUCAACGACAUGCAUAACAGAGACAACCACAUCAACGAUAUGGAUAACAGAGACAGCAACAUCAACGACAUGGAUAACAGAGACGGUAACAUCAACGACCUGGAUAACAGAGACAGUAACAUCAACGACCUGGAAAACAGAGACAGCAUCAUCAACGACAUGGAUAACAGAGACAGUAACAUCAAAGACAUGGAUAACAGAGACAGCAACAUCAACGACAUGGAUAACAGAGACAGUAACAUCAACGACCUGCAUAACAGAGACAGCAUCAUCAACGACAUGGAUAACAGAGACAGUAACAUCAACGACAUGGAUAACAGAGACAGCAAAAUCAACGACAUGGAUAACAGAGACAGUAACAUCAACGACUUGCAUAACAGAGACAGCAACAUCAACGACAUGGAUAACAGAGACAGCAACAUCAACGACAUGGAGAACAGAGACAGCAACAUCAACGGCAUGGAUAACAGAGACAGCAACAUCAACGACAUGGAUAACAGAGACAGUAACAUCAACGACAUGGAUAACAGAGACAGUAACAUCAACGACAUGGAUAACAGAGACAGUAACAUCAACGACAUGGAUAACAGAGACAGCAACAUCAACGACAUGGAUAACAGAGACAGUAACAUCAACGACAUGGAUAACAGAGACAGUAACAUCAACGACAUGGAUAACAGAGACAAGACAAGACAGUAA